AUGUUUCAGCGACCUUGUCGAGUUCAUCCGUUGACGGAGAGUCAGGUGUGUGAUCUCAACACCGCCCCAAACCCCAGCAGCAGCACAGAGGAACAACAUCCUCACGAGAGCACUGCUGAUGCUGCUGAGGGAAACGACCAGGAGAGGAAGGUGAUGGAGAAAGGGAAGAAGAAAAAGAAGUGGUGGAGGUUGUCUUCUUUGUUUGGAGCUGUGAAGAAACAUCUGAAGCGCAGCUCGAACCCAGUUCAGGGUGAAGUAGAGCUGCAGCAAGAGCAAGAGCAGAGUGAGGGAGUGAAGAACCAGAACCAGUGUAAAGACAGAUGCAGUGAUGACUACACUGUCAGACACAACCUCGUGAGUGAUCAGCUGUGUGAAGGUGGAUUUGAUGCUGAGGCGACACAUUUGAAGGAUGACCCUGAAUUUGGAUCUCCACACCGUCUUCCAGAGGAGAAGGAUCUCAACAUCCUGGCAAAUAGAGGCCCAGAUAGCCACGGAUGUGAUCUCAGCACACCCCCAAAACCCAGCAGCAGCACAGAGGAACAACAUCCUCACGAGAGCACUGCUGAGGGAAACGACCAGGAGAGGAAGGUGAUGGAGAAAGUGAAGAUGAAAAAGAAGUGGUGGAGGGUGGCCUCUUUGUUUGGAGCUGUGAAGAAACAUCUGAAGCGCAGCUCGAACCCAGUUCAGGGUGAAGAAGAGCUGCAGCAAGAGCAAGAGCAGAGUGAGGGAGUGAAGAACCAGAAAGAACAGAAAGCCAGAUACAGUGAUGCAUCUUGUUUGGUCUCUAAUUGCCACUACCAGCUGGGUGAUCUGCUGGGUGAAGGUGGAUUUGGUUCUGUGUAUGAGGCGAGACGUUUGGAGGAUGACCUUAAAGUGGCGGUCAAAUACGUUAAUAAGACCAAAAACUACAGGGAAAGUUUAUACAUUCCUGGAUAUCAGCAACUUGUUCCACUGGAGAUCGCCCUCACAAUCCUGGCAAAUAAAGGCCCCAGAGUGCCAGAGAUCAUCCAGCUGCUGGACUGGAAGGACUACGAUGACCAUUUCCUCAUGAUCCUUGAAUGUCCCUCUCCUUGCGAGACUUUGGAAGACUUUGUGGGGCGUCAGGGUGGAAGUCUCAACGAGAGCGUAGCACGGCGAGUCAUGAUGCAGGUGGCUCAGGCUGCGAACGUGUGCUGCCAGCGCCAAGUGUUCCACCGUGACAUCAAACUGAACAACCUUCUCAUCAACAACCAGACACUUGAAGUCAAACUAAUUGACUUUGGGUGUGGGGAUAUUCUGAGGACAACAGUCUACAUGUCAUACUCUGGCACAGCAACAUACUCCCCUCCUGAGUUUCACAUAAAGGGAAAGUACCACGGCAAGCCUGCGACGGUUUGGUCACUGGGGGUUCUGUUAUUUAAAAUAGUGGCUGGAUAUUAUCCAAGUUUCUUAGAUCUGCACAUACUCAAACUGAACCUCUGGUCCAAAACUGGUCUGUCAAACGAAUGCUGCAGAUUGCUCCGCGUUCUCCUGCAAAUAAAGCCAAAGAACCGAAUUCAACUGGAGGAAAUCCUUUCCCACAAGUGGUUUACGGCAGGGGCGAUUCUAGGGUCACCACAUAAGACCACCUCAGAAGUUGUUGUAUCUUCAGCUCUCCAAUGGUUCCUGCAAUAG